AACAAUGACCCUUACUACCACUUCAUGUCUCUACAUUGAUUCCGAAGGGAAUUGGGUAGAUAAUAAUCAUCCAAAGAGAACAGCUCCCAAGGUUGGAGAUUACAUCACUCACAGAGUUAGACUUUCGUUUUUCGAUCUCUGCUUGUACUAUGCAAAUAUUGUUGAUUAUUUGCGAAUUGUGAUGGUUGUGGUGGCAUUGAUAGCACUCAUUGUGAAUGAUGAGAUGAAUUUGGGAUGUAAUUGGUCUUCGAUUAGUAUUUCUGUUUUGGUAUUUGGAAGUGUUUUAUUGGAUUGGGUGGAUGGUCCAUUGGCAAGAAAUUUUGGUCAAUCUUCAGUGAUGGGAUGUGGAUGGGAUUGGUUGGCUGAUAUUCUUACUCAAUUGUGUUUGGCUAUUUGGUGUAUGUCAUUAAGUAGUGAUUACAAGAUUUUCAAGUUGUUUACCGUCUUAUUGACAGCUGUUGAGAUUAGUACAGGAAUUUUCGAUUUUGCUGUGAGUGCACAAGGAGUUUAUCCAUCAAUGCACAAUACUGAGAACCUACCUUGGUAUGCUAUUGUUGAGCAUUGGCUUACUCCUAAUCAUAGCUAUAACAAUUUGGGAAUUAUUUGUUGGUUGGUGAAUACCUUGUAUCCAAUUACUGUAUUUUUGCAACUUCCUUCCAUUGUUUCUAAUUCCCUAAUUCCUUUUGCAAUUCUCUAUGCUUGGCAUGAAUGUACACAAUGUGUUUUUAUUGUGGUUAAUUGGAAGGAAACUGCAGUAACACUUCAUCAAGAAGGAAUCGAACAUGUUAGAAAGUGUAAUGAUACUGAAAUUGAAAUGCUGAAAACAGCUCACGAAGCAACCCUUAAUACUCCAGUGGAACUUGAUGACGAAGCUACAAAAAUUAAUGAAAUCACAUGGGUGAACUUGUACAAUAAUGGGAAAAUUUCACCAGUAUUCGAAAAUCAUCCACUGCAAAAGGAAUUCCACGAUUGGGUUAAGAGUUUGGUUAAAUCAAAUUGGUUAGACGAACAGGAUCGUAUUAUUCUCUCAUAUGGCUUCAUCACUGCACCAAAGAAUGGAAAUGUCACUCAAGAUUGGCACUUUGAUUAUGGUGAAAAUGUCAGCAAUUUAUUCAUUCCUCUCUGUGAUGUGACAGAAAAGAAUGGAACUCAAUUUAUUCGUGGACCUCUCAGACAAGAUAUGCCACCAGGUGAAUAUUUCCCUAGACCAUUUGAAAUUAUGACUGAAGAAAAGUCAGAAUGUCUACAAGUUUGUCAAGUGGUUUGUAAGGCAUUUAAUUUAUUGAAAUUGCACCCAGGUGUAUGCCAUAGAGGAAUAGCUAAUGGCGAAAAUUAUGACCGAGUAAUGUUCUUCUUGAGCACUAAUCCAACUCCUUUAGAUAUUGGAGAAGAAGGAUAUUUGAAUAAGGCAACCUAUGAUUAAACCAAAAUAAAUAUUAUAAUUGGAAAU